AGCAGCCUUGUGGAGAGACUGCUGGGAAGCUGGCGGAUUAUGAGGCGGGAAUUCCAGUGUCCCAUGUUUUAGUCCAGUGUCCAAGGGUCGUCUAACCCCUCCGUUAUCACUUCACUAUAACAACACAUCAGCUUUAACUGGCAUCUCCCCUCAGUGACUGCUUGGCUCUCUCAGCGCCGCAGUCUGCAGUGGGCCGACUCUCGUGACGGAAGUGAGCCUCUCAGACUCGCUUUGAUACUUUCUGUGGUUAUUGUUGGUGCUGAUUUGUCUCAUAACGUGAGAUACGAUGCGAAUUCGGACCGGGAUCGCCUUGGUUUUUCUCGCAGCUUUAACAUUUGUUGCGGCUGAGGAUGGAAAUAGCAAAGAAAGCGUGAUCGAACAAUUAGUUGUGGAGACAUUGGUGAAGCCGGAGACAUGCAAGAUAACAUCCGAGACGGGAGACACGCUUCAGAUCCAUUACACGGGUCGAUUAAUGGACGGGAAGGUGAUUGACAGCUCUCUGUCUCGUGAGCCUCUGGUCGUAGAGUUGGGCAAGAGGUCUGUCAUCACAGGUCUAGAGCAAGCCCUGGUCGGAUUGUGUGAAGGACAAAAAAUCAAGGCCACGAUUCCAGCUCAUCUCGCGUAUGGAAAGAGAGGAUUCCCUCCAACCAUUCCAGGGGACAGCACACUUGAGUUUGAGGUGGAGGUGAUCUCUCUGUACCAGAAAACGCUGUGGCAGAAGCUAGUUAACGACAUCUUGCCUCUGUUGUGCUUGGCACUGGUUCCCACGCUACUGGGUUUAGUGGGUCUCUACCUCUACAACAAAGCACAGGCCCAACCUCACGGCAAAAAGAAGAGCAAAGACAAGAAAAGCAAGAAGAAAUAAGAGCAAUGUAAAAAAAAAAUAAACUAUUUAAAUAAAAAAUG